AUGGCCGCAUCUUUCGCUCGCCUGGCGGGCAAUGCGCCCAAAAGGCUCUGCCUCCGCCCCUCCUCGCUCAACACAUCCAUUCCUCGUUCCCGCUCGAUAGCCACCUCGGUUCCUCGUCGUCAAGCCGAGCCUACCAGCUACCAAGCCACCAAGCUUGUUCAAACCGACCCGACCUUCACCCAUUUCGCCAACAAGGGUGCGCCCGAGGACCCCGAAGCUGCCGCUCUGGAAUCUGAGGCCGAAGGGAUUGACCGCAAGAUCCGUCACUACACUGUCAACUUCGGUCCCCAGCAUCCAGCUGCUCACGGUGUGCUCCGAUUGAUUCUGGAGCUCAAUGGUGAAGAGAUUGUUCGAUCCGAUCCCCACGUCGGUCUGCUUCACCGUGGUACCGAGAAGUUGAUCGAGUACAAGACCUACAUGCAGGCCCUACCUUACUUUGACCGAUUGGACUAUGUCUCUAUGAUGACAAACGAGCAGUGCUUCUCCUUGGCUGUCGAGAAGCUGCUGAACGUUGAAAUUCCCGAGCGUGCCAAGUGGAUCCGUACUUUGUUCGGCGAGAUGACUCGUGUCCUGAACCAUCUCAUGUCCGUCCUGUCCCACGCUAUGGAUGUUGGUGCAUUGACUCCUUUCCUGUGGGGUUUCGAGGAGCGUGAGAAGCUCAUGGAAUUCUACGAACGUGUCUCUGGUGCCCGUCUUCACGCUGCCUACGUUCGCCCCGGUGGUGUCUCGCAGGAUAUUCCUCUCGGUCUUUUGGACGACAUCUACCAGUGGGCCACUCAGUUCGGUGACCGUAUCGACGAGACCGAGGAGCUGCUCACGGAUAACCGUAUCUGGAAGGCCAGAACCCAGGGUGUCGGUGUUGUCAACGCUGCCGAUGCGCUCAACAUGAGUUUCACUGGUGUUAUGCUCCGUGGCUCUGGUGUCCCCUACGAUAUCCGCAAGUCGCAGCCCUAUGAUGCCUACGGCCAAGUCGAGUUCGAUGUUCCCGUCGGUGUCAACGGUGACUGCUACGACCGUUACCUCUGCCGUAUGGAGGAGUUCCGCCAGUCCCUCCGCAUUAUUCACCAGUGUCUGAACAAGAUGCCUGCUGGCCCCGUCCGUGUGGAGGACUACAAGAUUUCCCCUCCUCCCCGUGCCGCUAUGAAGGAGAACAUGGAAGCUCUCAUUCACCACUUCCUCCUCUUUACCAAGGGUUACUCCGUGCCCCCUGGUGAGACCUACUCAGCCAUCGAGGCCCCCAAGGGUGAGAUGGGUGUGUUCCUGGUCAGUGACGGCAGCGAGCGGCCAUACCGCUGCAAGAUCCGUGCUCCUGGUUUCGCUCACUUGGGUGGUUUCGACCAGGUGUCUCGUGGUCAUCUUCUGGCUGAUGCUGUCGCUAUUAUCGGUACCAUGGAUCUGGUGUUCGGUGAGGUUGACCGGUAA